AUGGAAAAACAAUUCGACCUGAUCGUAUAUGGCGCUACGGGCUUCACUGGUUCUCUAGUCACUCGCUACUUGACUAUCGCGUCAGAAUCAUCACUCACUAAUCCCACAGCACUCAAAUGGGCCAUGGCCGCUCGUAGUGAAUCCAAAUUGAUGCAACUAAAGGAGCAGCUCAAGACGAAACUACCAGACGUCGCAUCUCAUCUAAUCGAUUCCAUUCCAAUAAUUGUAGCAGACAGCAACAAUGAAAAGUCAUUGAAAAAAAUGGUACAGCAGACCAAGGUGAUUGUGUCCCUUGUGGGACCAUAUAAACUCUAUGGAGAGCUCCUAGUUAAGGCAUGCGCCGAAAAUGGCGUACACUAUUGUGAUUUGACGGGUGAGAUCGUCUGGAUUGAAGAAAUAACGGCUAAAUACACAGCUGCAGCAAUUAAAACGGGUGCUAUACUCGUUAAUUGUUGUGGGUUUGAAAGCAUCCCAUCGGACCUUACAACGUACUUGAUUAGUGAUCGUAUCCAGCAGAAUCUCAAGAUGAAGACAAGCACGGUAGACUUUUACAUUACCGACAUGAAAGGUGAAGCAAGUGGUGGGACAUUGGCGUCGGUGUUUGCAAUCAUGGACACGUCUUCUAGCAAACAGUUGAAUGCUUCGCGUAAUCCAUUCUUUCUCACAGAUGAAAGUACGAUGAAGGAAAAGGAAGCAGCUGGACUAGUAAAACCCAACACGACGAGCAUAGCUGUUCGUUACGACAAGGUCAUGGGUUUCUGGCACUCGCUGUUCAUUGGUGGUUCAGUGAACCAGGCGGUCGUGCACCGCAGCAAUCAUCGUCUACAGAACAAGUAUGGCAACAACUUUGUGUAUCACGAACGAAUGGCCAUCGGCGGCCUCUUCAUGCAGUUGCUUACUACCUUUGGAAUAAUCGUUGGGGGCACCUUGUUGUACUUUAGCUGGACUCGUGCACUACUCAAGCGAAUGGUGCGUGCACCCGGCCAGGGUCCGUCAGAAAAGUCCAUGUUGCAAGGCUACUUCGUCGCAGUGGCUACGGGGUACUCUGAAGACGGUAGAUUGGCGGUAAAGGCAAAGGUUGUGGGCUCAGGAGAUCCGGGCUACAGCCUCACGUCACGCCUCUUGUCGGAAUGUGCUUUCUGCCUGGCCAAGGAUGAGAUCGGCGAGUCCACGGAUCGAAAGGGCGGCUUCUACACGCCGGCCAGCGCAUUUGGUCACAAAUUGGUUGACCGCAUUCAGACCAAAAAGCUAAUCACGUUCGAGCUCAAGGACAUGGCCUAA